AGGAAAUCCGCGAGGACCGGCGAGAGUUUAUGCUUAUGCUGUUUUUUCUUCAUCUGGAUCAACCGCCGUGUGAGGCGUUGGGGGCCCACGUGCCGCCCCAGGGCUCUCGCGCGGAGAUGCUGGGGCGUCGGAGGCCGUCCGAGAAGGAGGAGGAGGAGGAGGAGGAGGACGGCGGCGGGGAGCCCGCGCCGCCUCUGGCCGCCGAGGGCGACGGCGCGGCCCGCACGGCCGCGGACGGCCCUGCGCUGGCCACCGCCGCCACGGACGGGCCGGGCUACGCGGCCCUGUGGCUGCGCACGGGGGGCCGGCAGAGCCGGGCGGCCCUGGCCGCGGUGGUCUCGGAGGACUCCGUGGCGGGGCAGCAGGGCGUGUGGGUGGCGGUGCCUGCGGGCGUUCCAGGCGGCGCCCUCGUCGCGGUGGACAGGUGGGAGGUGCGCUCGGACGCCCCAGGAGACCGCGCGGUUCCCGAUGACGAGGCCGCGCCCCUGCCUGUCGCCGACGUGUUCGUGCCCGUGGACGUGCUCCUGCGGCUGUCGCUCGGGCAGGUGGACUGGGAGCGCCCAGAGGCCCACCCGGACGGCGCGUGGGUGUUUGCGGAGGCGGACCCUGCGAGGAUGCCGUUCUGGGAGGACCUGCUGAUCCACCACGGCCUGCUCGACCCGUGGGAAGACGAGGGGCAAGCGAGCGGUGAGCCACCCGAGCCUGUGCCGCCGGCGCCUGCGGACCCCGCGGGCGGCGGGCGGGUUCCAGUCCAGGUUUGCUCACCUGCGCCUCAUGUGCUGUCCAGGUUGCGUAGGCUCGCAUGGAGCUGCACGGUCCAAUAGGUGGCAAAGCGCGCAUACCUCUUGAAGACUUGCAGUGAUGACCAAGCGGUGGCGAGCAAGACAAUGCCCAGCGCCUCGCCUCGACGGCUCACCGAGG